UUCUCUAAAUAAAGAGUUUAACUAAAUAAAAUGGAAAUCAACUUAACAAAAAGAAAUCCUGAAAAAAACAAGGUUGAUGAGUUAGAUACACCUUUUAAAAAACAUGACGUAAAUGAGACAAUGGAUUUUGAUGAGAAUACAAUAAUAUUUCAUGAAGAUGGUUCUACAGUUCACGUAGUAGUUGAUUCUGCUGUUGAUGUAAAAGUUGAUACAGCUGGUGACGCAAAAGUUGAUUCUGCUGUUGACGUAAAAGUUGAUUUAGAAGUUGAUAAAAAAGAUUAUUCCACUAUUGAUUCUGUUGCUGAUGUAAAAAUUGUUUUAACUAAUCCCCAGGGAAAUGAAGUUUCUAUUACAGAAAAUUAUAAUAAAGAAUCUGCAACCCUAAAAACUAACGAGUUGACAGAUGGAAAGCUUAAUAUUAUAUUUCCAUCGCUCCAAUAUGAAGCCAACGGAAAUGUUUUUCAACAGUCAGAAAGAAAAGACAGAGAGGGAAUAAUAUUCUUACUAAGAAGAUAUCUUCCAAAACAACCAGACGAUAAAUGUUCUGACUUGAAGUAUAAAUUAGAUUCCGAUUAUUAUUACAAAAUGAAUACUUUUCCGAGAGGAAUUUUAACAAUAAUAAAUGUAAAAGACUUUAUGGAAUCUUCAGGUAUGCAAAAAUAUCCUAGAUCAGGUACAGAUGCUGAUGCAGAGAGUCUUUGCAAUCUUUUUUUAGAGAUAGGUUUUAUAGUAGAUAGAUUUGAUAACCCUACUUCCACUGACGUAUUACGAAUCUUAAAAAAUGCAGCGAACCAAGAUUAUUCUAAAAUGAGCUGUUGUGUAGUUGCAGUGUUAACUCAUGGCAAAGAAGGAAUAAUAUACUGCACUGAUACAUAUUUAAAAAUACGAGAUAUAACGAGGCUUUUUCGCACAGAAAAUUUAGCGGGUAAACCUAAAGUGUUUCUUAUUCAAGCUUGUCAAGGAUCAGAAUAUAUGAGUUCCUUGGAUCAAGUUGAUGGACCAGGAUCGUUACCGCAAAAAAGUAAAAAAGAAAAGGUUCUCAAUCUUCCGUCUGAAAGUGAUUUUUUGUAUGCUUAUUCGACUGUUCCUGGAUACUUUGCUUGGCGAAAUGCUAGAAAUGGUUCAUGGUUUAUUCAAGCUGUUGUAUCUGUUUUUCGUGAAAGUGUUCAUAAAAUGGAUGUUCUUCGUCUUUUAACUCGGGUUAAUGAAAAAAUAAGUCAAAAUAAGUCAGUUACCUGUGAUGCAAACACAGACAAUAAACGGCAAAUUGCAUCAGCUGUUUCUCAAUUGCGAAAAGAUUUGUUUUUUAUGCCGAUAUACGGACCACUUAAACCUUUAUAUAAAAAUGAACAUCAUUGAAAAUUUAGAAAUAAGAAACUCAAAACGUCAUUAAUUUUUAUCUAAAUUAUUAAAAAACAAACAAACAAACAAAUAUAUAUAUAAAGCUGGGAAGUGGCGCGAUUUAGUACGCACCUUCGUAACAUGCGAGCUAGUUAUCCCGUUGCAAAUUUGCCUAAGCGGUAAUUCUAAACAAGAAGUGAGAUCGUAACUAAGUGAAUACCAAACAAAGUCACACCAAUUUUUAAAUUAGUUGAUGAAACUAAUGUACUCAAUCUCAGUUUUGUCUACAGUUAGAGGUAAUUUAACACAACAAAAUUUAUAAUUAUAUUAGUUUAUACAUAAUAAUUAUAUUAGUUUAUACAUAAUAAUACUAUGGGCCAAUCAACUUUUGGAUAUUCCCUCAAAAAUAGAACUACAAUGAAACAUUUAUCAGGACAAAAAACUUAACUGUCAUCAGAAUAUUAUUCAUAUAAAAACGGAAUAAAAAUAUUUUCAAUGCAACCUUUUUUGUACGUAUUUUUGUUAUCAGAUUAUUCAUAUUGCUUGAUUACUGGUCAUACCUAUGGGAACUUUUAGGCGUCUGCAACUAGUUUUGCUAUUCAUUUACGUUGACUAUUUUUAAUGUUUGACUUUGCUUUUAACAAAUUAUGAGUGUGUGUACUUUAAAUUUUGAAGUAUUUGACUCCUUUUCUAAUGGUUGCUUUGGGAUUUUCUAAUUGUUACUUUGAAUUUUCUUGACUUUCUUUUCUAAUGGUUUAUGAUUUUUUUUAAAGUAAGCAGCAAUCUGUUUGAUUUUUUUUCUUGUGCCAUUUCCAAUUUUCUUUUCCAAUUUUUAAAUUUUAUGUGUUUCAAUUAUACGAUAUAAACUUGUUUUCGAGAUAUUUUCCGUUAAAACGGUUAUAAGUAAACAUUUUUCUUCGCCUAAUACUAUUUUUUUGAAUUUUGACAUUUAUUCAUA